GACGGUCAAACUCUAGUUAGGUGAACUAUAUAUUGAGAAGGAUACCGGUCCAUAGUCAACUGAUUGGAACUGGUGCCACUAGUGUUCGUCCAGUCCAUUCCUAGCAACAGAAAGUUGAAAACAUGAAGAUUUACGCUAUGGAGUGUUUGGUGUUGGUGCUCCUUGUCAUGACCGUGACGACCGUCGUAUCUACAGCACACGGCGGUCAUGGGGGUGGACACGGUGGCGGCGGACAUGUAGGGGGUCAUGGGGGCGGGCAUGGUGGCGGCAAACAUGGAAGUAGUCACGGAAGCGGCGGUCAUGGAGAUGGUCAUGGGGGCGGCAAACAUGGAGGUGGUCAUGGAGCCGACAAACAUGGAGGUGGUCAUGGGGACGGCGAUCAUGGAGGUGGUCACGGAGGCGACAAACAUGGGGGUGGUCAUGGGGGCGGCGAUCAUGGAGGUGGUCACGGAGGCGACAAACAUGGGGGUGGUCAUGGGGGCGGCGAUCAUGGAGGUGGUCACGGAGGCGACAAACAUGGAGUUGGUCAUGGGGGCGGCAAACAUGGAGGUGGUCACGGAGGCGACAAACAUGGGGGUGGUCAUGGGGGCGGCGAUCAUGGAGGUGGUCACGGAGGCGACAAACAUGGGGGUGGUCAUGGGGGCGGCGAUCAUGGAGGUGGUCACGGAGGCGGCGUUCAUGGAGGUGGUCACGGAGGCGGCAAACAUGGAGGUGGUACUGGGGGCGGCGAUCAUGGAGGUGGUCACGGAGGCGGCGGUCAUGGAGGUGGUACUGGGGGCGGCGAUCAUGGAGGUGGUCACGGAGGCGGCGGUCAUGGAGGUGGAGCUGGAGGACACGCAGGCGGCCAUGGAGGUGGUAGUCAUGGGGGUGGUCAUGGCGGAGGACAUAAACCCGGAGGACAUAAACCUGGCGGUCACGGAGGUGGUGGACACGGCGUCGGUGGUCAUGGGGGCGGACAUGGAACUGUUGGACACGGAGGUGGUGGUCAUGGAGGCGGUCGUAAAGCUGGUUUUCGCAUUAUCAGGCUUAAAUUUAAAGACGAAGAAGAUGACGAUUGUUAGAAGAAAACUCAUAAAAGAAUGCAUAUCGCAGAAUGGACACUUAGAAGAAAAUGGGAUAGACUUUUGUUCGUGGUUCAGUGUAUGCCACAUAUUCCUUAGCUUGUCUUGUUUUUAAUCUGUUCAUCUGGUGUUAGUCUGUUUUUUAGCCUUAUUGCACUUUGAUAUUUUAUUCCCCUGAAGAGGCUUAAGUUUUUUAAAGAAACGUUUCGAUUUUAAGAUAUAAUUUAAGAUAAUUUUAUACAUAUUCCAUGUGUUAGUUUCUUCAUUGUGUGUGUUACAUAUUUAGUGUUAGUUUAGCUAUUAUGAAUAAUAUGUACAUAUUUGAAAGUUUUAUUUUAGCUGUAAAAAAAAAAAAUCAUAACAAUAUUUGAUAAAAUUGAAACAAGUUUAUUUCUAUGACGAUUUACUUUAUACUCUUUUUUUUUCACCAGUAUUAUUGAAAAUACUCAUAUUUUAAAGAAAAAAUGACAAUAAAUGAUUGUGAUUUUUCUCGGGGGAAAAUGAAAAUAAAAAAUUUGUUUUCUAUU